UUUGGUGAGAUUUAAUUAAUUAAAAAACUUAAUGAGCACGUGUUUUUCUUUAUCAAAAAACAUCUUGAUUCCUUAAACUAUAAAUACAACACCAAUACCAAUAGUAAGUACUAAGAAAAAUAUAAUAAGAGCAAUAUGGCAUACUCAUCAUCAUAUUUCCUCAUCACUAUUCUCUCAGCUCUUGUAGUUUUCAUAAUCUCAUCAUCACAAUAUUCAGAAGCAGCCAUUGUUUUCCCACUCACCAAAAACAUAAUCAACUCCACCAGUCACUACUAUAGCACCAAAAUCCAAGUUGGCACUCCUUCAACCACCAUCAACUUAUUCCUCGAAAUCGGUGUACAGAUCACAAGCUUCACUUGCGACGACACAGGUUACGACUCCUCCACUUACCGCUUCGUAAAUUGCAACACCAAAAAGUGUGGACGUUUCUUGGGACCAAAUGAAUCAUCAGGUGGUUGUCUUCAGUGUGCUUUUCCUAAACCAUGGCCUCAUUGCUCCAAUCAAACUUGCGCUUUGUCAUUCAGUGAAGACACAGGAGGAUUAAGUGAAGAUUUCUUCAAGCUCCAAACGACGUCGUCCAAUCUCCUUCAAAAUUCUCCUCGUCGUCUUCCUUUCGCUUGUCUUAACUCUGAUUUCACUAUCGGUUUCAUAAAUCGUCUUCCUCUUGGUACUAAAGGCUCACUUGGUUUAGGAAAGAACCCAUUCUCUUUCGUUGCUGAGCUUUCUUCGGCUUUUAAUCUUCCUAAGAAGUACGCCUUUUGUAUUCCUUCCAAUACUGAAUCAACUGGGAAUGUUUUCAUCGGUGGAGCACCUCAUAAUUUGUCGGCCAAUCUCCUCAGAACUCCUCUUCUGACCAACCCUUUUGCUGCCGGGAGCGAAAUAGUUCCAAGAGGUACUACUUCCGAUGAAUACUUUAUAGGAGUGAAAUCGAUUAAGAUUGACAAAAAGGUUGUUGAUUUCGAUACUUCUUUGUUGUCCAUUAAUGCCACUGAUGGAGUUGGUGGCACCACCCUUAGUUCUUCAGUUCCUUAUGCCGUUUUGCAUAGUUCGAUCUAUAAGGCUGUUGUUUCGGAUUUUGUUAAGAAAGCCGCUACUCGGAAUAUUACCAGAGUAGCGGCUGUGAAACCCUUUGGUGCGUGUUUCAGCACCAAAGGGGUUCGUUGGACGAGAGCGGGACCCAGAGUCCCGACUAUUGAUUUAGAGUUGGAAGGGAAGAAUAAGAGCGUGAAUUGGAGAAUACAUGGUGCUAAUUCGAUGGUGGGAGUUAAUAAGAAUGUGAUGUGUUUGGGAUUUGUGGAUGGUGGGUUGGAGCCAAGAACUUCGAUUGUUAUAGGUGGGAUUCAAUUGGAGGAUAAUCUUUUGGAGUUUGAUUUGACAACCUCUACACUUGGAUUUACUUCUUCACUUUUAGUCAAAGACACUUCCUGUUCUAUCUCCCAAUUCUAUAGGCUAUAGCAUUUUCAGCAUCAUCUUUAAAUUUUCCAAAAAUGUCAUUUUUCUAAUUAAUGCAUAUUGUCCUUAAUUAUUAUGGUAGCAGCUUUAAUGUCUUCUGCAACUAUUUUGUUUGUAGUUUUUUUUUUCUUUUUUUCUUUUACAUAAUCAUGGCCUUUAAGUAUUUGGAGUGCUAAAAGAAACUGUCUUCUUCUCUCUAUAUUACAAUAUACAAUAGUAGUAUGUUUUAUGUAAGUAAAUGACUAAUAUACUCAAAUAAAUACAAUUUAAACACUCA